AUGUCCCCUGGCAAGGAGAGCAAGACUCUCUUUGCUGGUGAGGUCGAGCAACCGAUGCAGGAUCGCGAUGGUUUCGCCUACAUUACGGUCACGACCAACAGCAGUCCGAGACAGUGGCAGAAAGUGCUCGAGCACGGCUGGGUAAUGACGAUCACUUACGGCAAAGGAGACAGCAUCUUUCACGUCAGUCUUGCAAAAAAAAAUGAUGCGAUUGACUGCAUCUUCGAGGUGGUCAUCUCAGUCGAGGAAUGUCCAGAUGAUGACCAGCGACGUGGCAUUGAGAUGAAGCGCAAAAUCGUGCGGCUAGAUGCUGGCCUUGACUCGGUGUCGUUGAGCAUCUCGAUUGCCAAAGAGCAGAAGCAAGCUGAACAAGCCCAAGAGAGUCGAGAGCCUCAGACGAACAAGAUCAUCAACUUGUCCUACCAGAUUCGUCAAGAUGAUGCAGUGCCAAAGACAAACUUUGUCACACCGCCUGGUCUUGUGGAUGCCAUCGCCAAGGCAACCGUCUUUGGCACCUGGGGCGAUACUUGCUUUGUCGUGCUUAGUCGGAAGGCAGAUAACAAAUACGCAUGUGUAUAUGGCGACAGGGUGAGUCUACAAGCCUACGGAGCCACUGAGCUGCUGCGACACAUUGACAACAACGGCUUUUCGACCUUAGAGGCCGCACUGUGCGCACUCACCCACCGAGAUGCUUGGCAUCUACCAGAACCCAAGCAACCUCUUGGCAAGUUUGUUCCUAUCUCCGGCAUGGCUGUCACCACGGUCCAAGCUGUGCUGCUGUACCUGCAAACUCGGCAUAUAACAUUUGGUCCUCUCGAGAGUACUAGACGCGAACGCACUAGGAGCAUUCCAGACGCAAGAGACGAGUCUCUGUGCGUAGAAGCGUCUGUCGACAUCAAAGGGAUCCAGCUUGACCAAGAAGAAGCAUCGCAGCGCCAACAGCAGUUUUCAGGAAUGAUUACAACCAGCCCCAAGUCGAUCUAUCGCGCCGCUUGUAAGUUGGGGCUGACAGAACUUAAGCAAUUGGCCUACACAGCGAUCAACAAUUGUAUCACCCCGGCCAACGUGCUCCACGAACUUUUCGACGACUUUGCUCUCAAACAUGAAGAGAUCCAGCAGAAGCUUCUUGAUUAUACCUUAGCCCAUUGGGAGGAAAUCAAGAGGCAGGACGAGAAUGGAGUGGUUGAUAUGUUUGGCAAACGCGGACAUCGGAUAGGAGCUCCGGAGGUGAUCCGUACCAUCAUCCACCAAACCGAAAUCAAAAAGCAAGUCAAGUAG